AUGGUUACAUUUAAAACUGGUGUGAUUUAUUAUUUAAUUCGUCUUCAAACAACAAGUACUAUUCAAAAUUCACGCAUUCAACAUCGAUCUAUUUCAAUUACAUUAGUUAUUACAACAUCUCUAUUCAUAAUUAUGACUAUACCAGCUACUAUAGGUUAUGCAUCCUUUUCUACAGCAAGUUCUUUUGUUUUGAAUUUAUUAGAUGGAUUUCUUUAUAGUUAUCAUGUAUUAUCAUUUCCAUUGUAUAUGAUUACAUUUGAUGAGUUUCGACAAGAGUUUUUCGCAAUGAUUACAUGUAAAACAAAUAAUCAACGAGUUGCAGCUCAAACACAAACUGUUACUGCACUGAAUACAUUAAAUACACAACCAUAA